AUGUCUACAACGAAAGAAUACAGUUUUGCUAGCAAUCUAUCUGUGGACUACAAUUCAACGUUUGAUGUGUUUGCCAACGAAACCAGUGUUGAUAACCGAAGCGGAUUGCCGACGUGGUUCUUCACGAUUUUUCUUCCCCUGAGUUUCAGCGCGAUCAUAGUGACAAGUCUUAUAGGCAACGGCACCGUAAUAUGUGUCAUUAUACGCCACCCAACACUCAAAACCGUGCCCAACUUGUAUAUUCUCAACCUUGCUUCAGCGGAUUUUCUGUUUUCCCUCAACAUGAUUUUCACCACCACGACAUAUUUCACCAAGAGAUGGAUUUUCGGAGAGAUUCUCUGCAAGAUUGUCACCGGAAUUGACGGUAUGUACCUGUUCACGGGAAUAUUCACGCUUGCUGCAAUGAGCUUUGACCGCUAUAUUGCGAUCGUACACGCCGUCUGGGCUCAGAACAACCGCAGUCUACUACAGGUGAGAGUGGUUUGCGUCAUUCUCUGGCUGCUCUCGUUGACGGUAACUGUGCCGCUUUGGAUGUAUGCUACUGUACAGGACACUCUUGGAACUGUAUCGUGUAACAUUAUGUGUACUGAUUGUCAAUGGGUGAUGGAGCUAUUCAGUCUGUAUUCAUUUGUGAUCGGGUUUAUACUACCUUUGGUUGUUAUCAGUAUAUGCUACUCACGGAUUAUGUUUCAUCUGUAUCUGGCACAGAGCUCAAAACCAGGUAAACCAAAUCGACAACAUUCAAAGUUAGGCCGCGUCGGGUUGAUGGUCUUAAUGGCUGUGGCUGUGUUUGUAGCAUGUUGGAUGCCAUUUUGGACCAUUCGCGUGUACUCGACACUGUCGCAUGACAACUCGUUGAUACUCCACGGGUCUUUCUAUUGCAGCCAGAUUAUGUGCUUCGCCAACUGCUCCCUUAAUCCCUUGGUCUACGCAUUCUUUAAACAAGAUCUCCGUCGAUCUUUGAAAGAGGACUUGCGAAUCCGCGAUAAACAGACCAAAGUUUGA